AGCAUACAUGGUUUUCUGACAUGGAUUUUUCAACUUUCUACAAUGUAACAACAAUUCUUACCUUCCUUUCAAUAUUUCAUUGAUUGAUUUCACCUUACCAUUUUCAAGUGAAAGCUUACCUAUGCUUGAAAGUGAAAGCUUACAUAAUUACUACUCACUCAACUCAAAACCAAACCAAACUUUACCAAAUUUUCCACCUCAAAAUCAUGACAACACUACCAAACUUGAUCCUAAAACCACAUCUGCUAAACUUAAACAUUAAAGGUUAAGAAUAAAGGUCCCCUUCAUUUCAAGAAUCUUUCUUUUGCUUUUCCUUGUGUCACAAAACCACACCUUCUCUUUAAUAAAGACAUUUUUCAAGGAACAAAAAAAAUAAAUGGAUCAAAGAAAAAUUAACAAGUCAUUUAUGAGUGAGAAUCAUGAAAUGACAGAAGAAAACAGCGUUUUUUUUCUGCAUGUGCUUGAAGGCUUCAAGUUUGAGAGGAUUUCAAUGGUUUUUUAGGAUAUAACAAACAAAAAAAAACACUAUGGCUUCUGUGUUUCUUGUGUUGGUAACUUUUUUACUCUCUUUAAACUAUUCGCAGCAACUUCAAUCUUCAAACUCUCAAACCCUUUUGAGAAUUCAACAGCUUUUGAACUUUCCUUCUUCUUUAAGAAGUUGGAAAAACUCCACAGAUUUUUGCAACACAGAUUCAAACUCUUCACUCACUGUUGUAUGCUAUGAAGAUACUAUAACUCAACUUCAUAUAAUAGGUGAAGGAAAAUCUCAAACUCUGUCGAAAAAUUUCUCAAUUGAUUCAUUUGUUACUACAUUAGUAAAGCUUCCAAGUCUGAAAGUCCUCACAUUGGUUUCUCUUGGUAUAUGGGGUCCGUUACCGGGUAAAAUCGCUCGUCUUUCGUCGUUGGAAAUAGUUAACAUGAGUUCGAAUCAUCUCUACGGUUCGAUCCCUAUCGAACUUUCAUCGCUUUCGAAUCUUCAAACACUCAUUCUUGACAACAACAUGUUUUCUGGUGUGCUUCCUAUUUGGAUUGACUUGCUUUCGGGCUUAACUGUGUUGAGUUUGAAGAACAAUUUGUUCAAUGGAACGUUGCCGAAUUCGGUUAGUAACUUGGAUAAUUUGAGAGUUCUUUCGCUUUCUCAUAAUAAAUUUUAUGGUGUAGUACCUGAUUUGAGUCACUUGAGAAAUCUUCAAGUACUUGAAUUGGAUGAUAAUGCUUUUGGACCUCAAUUUCCAAAGCUUGGUCACAAAUUGGUUACUAUAGUGCUAAGAAAUAACAUGUUCAGGUCUGGUAUUCCUGCUGAUGUGAGCUCGUAUUAUCAGCUCAGGCGAUUUGAUAUCUCAUCGAAUACAUUUAUCGGGCCAUUUCAAACAGCAUUGUUGUCACUCCCUUCUAUCGCUUACAUCAACAUCUCUCAGAACAAAUUAACCGGAAUGCUUUUCGAGAAUGUUUCCUGCAAUUCCGAGCUUGAAGUUGUUGAUUUAUCGUCGAAUCUCUUGACGGGGAGCUUACCGAAAUGUCUAGUUUCAAAUUCUAGUGAUAGGACUGUUUCGUAUGCUAGAAAUUGUCUCGAGACAACGAAUCAAAAUCAGCAGCCACCGCCUUUUUGCCACACCGAGGCCUUAGCUGUGGGAGUAUUACCUGAAAGAAAGAAGCAGAAGCAAGUAUCAAAGGUAGUUCUUACCCUUGGUAUAGUAGGUGGAACUCUUGGAGGAGUAGCAGUUUUUUUGCUGAUUUUGUUUAUUGUUAGAAGAGGAAAAUCUAGAAGCAAAACGAAGAAGAAUCCUCCAACAAGACUAAUAUCGGAGAAUGCAGCUUCCGGAUACACCUCUAAGUUGCUUUCUGAUGCAAGAUAUAUAUCUCAAACAAAGAAAUUCGGAGCACUUGGCCUGCCAAAUUAUAAGAGUUUUUCAUUGGAAGAGAUCGAGGCAGCUACAAACAACUUCGACACGGCUUCUUUCAUAGGUGAAGAUUCUUAUGGAGAGAUGUACAAAGGUCAGCUGAAGAAUGGAUCCUUUGUUGUUAUUAGAUGUAUCAAAAUGAAAAAAAGAUACAGCACUCAGAACUUCAUGCAGCACAUGGAACUUAUCUCGAAACUUAGGCACUGUCAUUUGGUUAGCGCUCUCGGACACUGCUUCGAAUGUUCUUUAGAAGAUUCAAGUGUUAGCAGAAUAUUUCUCGUAUUUGAAUACAUACCAAAUGGCACACUCAGGAGCUGGACAUCUGACGGGCACACUGGAAAAUCUCUGAAUUGGACGCAACGCAUAGGAGCAGCAAUUGGAGUAGCAAAGGGAAUUCAAUUUUUGCAUACAGGAAUUGUCCCUGGUGUAUAUUCAAACAAACUCAAAAUUGAGGAUGUUUUAUUGGAUCACAAUCUUGUUGCGAAAAUCAGAAGUUAUAACUUGCCUUUGUUAUCUAACAUUGGAAAGGUUCGACGUGGAAACUCUUCCAAUGGAUUCAAACAUUCUAGUAUCAAUAAAAGUGGAAAGCAUGAAGAUAAAUGUGACAUAUAUGACUUUGGAGUAAUAUUACUGGAAAUCAUUCUAGGAAGGACAAUAAAGACAACAAAUGAUGCAGAAGCUUUUAAGGAACUGUUGCAAGCAAGCUUAGGAGCAGACGAGGACGCUCGAAGAAGCAUUGUUGAUCAAGCAAUUCGCAAGGCGUGCUUGGAACAAUCAUUGAAGACAAUGAUGGAGAUAUGUGUGAGGUGUCUUAUUAAAGAACCUGCAGAAAGACCCUCCAUAGAAGAUGUUUUGUGGAAUUUACAGUUUGCUGCUCAAGUACAGGAUGCUUGGAGAGGUGAUUCUCAAAGUAGUGAGGGGUCGCCAGGUUCUCCUCAAAGAACGGCCUUCCGUUAGCGUUAAUCUAGAUAUUUUUCUUCUUUUUCUAAAAUUUGUAUAUUUCACUAUAAAGCUGAAAAGAUCAAUGGCUGCAGAAUUAAGGUUUAUAGUUUGCAGGCUCGGAUUAAUACAGCUUUACAAGUUCUUUCUUCAUGCUGUAACAUCUGUGCACAAAAAAUGUUGAGCUUUAUAAUGAAAAUUAUGUAUAUGUUUAAUGGAA